CUUGUGAUUGACUCACCAAAAAACAACAAAAAUAGAAUAGUGCUAUUUUUAAAUACGACAUGGUAAGAGAAGACAACACAUUUCUAAAGGGGAUGCCCUAAUGUUAUUUCAGAGAAGAGUUUUCAAUUCGGGGAGUUGCAGAUUUCUAAAAGGGGAUCAAAGCGCAUGCAGCUGCCCUUUCCGAUGCUUGUGUUGGCAUGUCCUUCGAAUGCCCUACUUUCUGAUUAGCACCUACUGCUACCCUUUGGACUGGCACCUACAACUAGGAAAGGGGGAUAGGAAAUCAUAGGUUCACAAAUUAAUUUGGCAGGUAGUUAAAUUCUGCACAGAAUAUAUGCUUGAGCCAUUUUUCAGAGCAAAGAAGGCAAGGUAAAAGGUGUGUUUGCUUCCUUAUCGGUUAUUCCCCUGGGAGGCAAAACGACUGUGAUUCUCCAGACUCACACAGGUCAGGAAUCACUGAUGUAAUUCAAUCCCAUAUUUUUACAGGAGAAAAAAAACUGAAGCCCAAAGUGAUGAAAUAAUUUGUCAAAACUUUGAACACAGAAUCCCCCCCCCCAAAAAAAGUGCAGCACUCUGUAGGACACCAAAUUUCUUCCCAGCUUCGGCAUUUUUCAAAUGGAAAGUUUUCACACAGUCGCGGUGGUUAAUAAUGCUUUUUAUCAGAAAGUAGUAUCACUAAAGUGUAAAUGCUGCUUUUUUUUCUCCGCUAUCUGGCCCUGUAAUUUCAUUAAGGAGGGCAGCUUCUCCCCACCACUAGUGCAGGGUAAUAAAUCAUUUGAGGCCUGUGACUUGCCCAGAGUCACAGCCCGUUAGUACAAAAGGUGGAACUUUUACUGGGGUCAGCCUGACUUAGAGGCAGAAGGUCCUUUAUUCACUCCUCCAUUCUGCCUCAGUACCAUAGUCGAUAAUACGUUAGUAACGCUCGGUUCAGGUGCUCAGAGCGCUUUCCCAGAAAACUUACUACAAAGCCAACUAGUCAACUUCAUUCAGUACAAAUUCCAUCAGUCCUUUCCUUCAGGAAUUGAAAGUAAUUUUGUCUCUUUCCCACAAUGCGACCCUCGUUGAUAACAGUUAUAGCUCGCACAGGCAUGCAAGCAUCAGGUUUCCUGACACCACUACGUGCUCACCUUUUGCCAGUGAAAAGGGGAUCCAUUAUUAAUUACCUUCUUUGGCAUCGCGCCCUGCCCUCGCAGACGCAGCGCAAGGCAAAGAGGCUGGAGAAAGGUUCUAAGUCGGCUAGUCCGUUGGACUCAGCUUCACUUCAGGUGCUGGUGUAAACGCAGUUGCCGCGACUGCGGGUUCUUUUUCGCCAUGGUUUGGGAGAAAGUCCUCGCUUCCGGAGUGUUAUUGCUCGGCUACAGCUCAGCUUUGUGGAGGUAUAGAACAAAUACCAAAAACUAUGCUGUUUUCAAUACCAGAACAACUAUCCAUUUAGAAUAUGAAGGACCAGAUUUUAUAGAAUGGGAUGUCCCAAGGGCUUGUUCCAUUAAAAACAAAAGUGCACCAAACACAGAAAUGUUCUGUUUCACUGAAGGUGUUCAUAAUAUAAAACCCAUAGUUAGAGAUAAGCCACCAGAAGCUGAGGAACGCUAUUUAUUUGUGGAUCGUGCUAGUGAUUGCUUUCUAUGGUAUUUCCUAUCAAGUCACAUGGAAAACAGAGACCUACAGAGCAUACAGAUUUGGGUAUAUGAUCCAGAAAAUGCAAGUCCUGAGGAGUUGGCCUCCAACGCAUCAAAUCCUUCACUUAAUUCCAAGUCACUUAGUAUGCAGUUUCUCAGUAUGGGACAAGAACCUAUGAUUGUGUCAAUAAUCUCUCAUCAAGUUUACCCUCCAGAAAUCACAAAGCAAGAAGGGAUCUGGGAAACGCAUGUACCACUUACAAAAACUAACCUUUUUAUGCAAAUCAAAGGAAAUUCAGUAGCUUUACAAGACUGCUUUAUUGCAGACUAUAUCUUUUUGCUGUCCUAUGUUUCCCUAACUUUCAGUCAGAAUCCUGAGUACGUAAAAAUGACAUUGAAAGAUGAACAAAAUAUACUUUUUGACUGGCCCCCAUGUUUUCCUGCAACUAUUGCAACGGUUUCCCAUUGGGAGACCCUUUUUACAAAGGAUGCUUUCAAUACUUCAGAGAAGAUCAGAAUACCCCCCAACAGCCUGACUGAAGAAGAAAGGCAUGAUAUACAAGAAGUUUGCAUAAUAGAGGAAGGAAUAGUAGUUUUAACAAAAGGUUCUGUUUACCUGAGGAGAAAGACAGAUUUCAUACCACUUGACAAGAAGUUUGGUAUUCCUCCGAAUGUAACUGGAAUAAAAACCAGAACCUAUUGUUGGCCUGGCUAUACACCAAGGGAAGGACUAGAAUUGAGUCAGAUAAUAGUGUGGACAACAAAUGAAGUCUUCCUUGGAUAUUCUCGCUUAAAAUUUUACUUAUUAACAACACUUGGAGACCUCAUGAAAAUUCUGAAUCUGAAAGAGGAGUUAUGGAGAGGAUUUUCUAUACGUCUUGCUACUUAUACCUCAGACCCAACUGGUGUUGCUUUGUUGUUAGGCACGACUACACAUAAUAAUUAUGAUUCGCUGUAUUUAGUGUUCUAUGACGAGGAUUCAACUGAAUGGCGUUUACAAGACUUUUCAUUGUCUUUGCCUAGUGGGAAAAAAUUGGGUGCACUAUUCAUGUAUUCAGCAUUGCCAAAUUUUGUGAUAUGGGAUGACAAACAUGUCCACUAUAGCUACCAAAAUUAUUCAGAGAAUGGAUUUCUGCGGACAUAUCUUGGAAGCAUAGAUCUGACAACGGCAACAAAUAGCACUAUUCACCAAGUUUUUAUAGAUUAUUAUGGGAAUGGUGUGAUAAAAAUGUACAACAAUAAAAUGCUUUAUUUCAAACUUGAAAUUAAAGAUGUAGCACUGCUACAUGACUGGGCUAACGAGAAUGACAAUACUUUAGUUUUAAUGAACCCUACGGGGGAGCUGUUUCUUGCAAAUCUUAAUUAUGGCAUAGCAAAAUCUUCAGAAUAUCCAAUAAUGCUGGAGUUAUAUAGUUCAAUUUUUAAAGAACAAACUAUUUGUCCAUAUCUGUUGUUUGAGAGCAGUAUUGUUGUAAGCAAUAUUUAUCUGGACAAGAGAGAUGAACUGACGUUCUGGGCUCAAGUAAUCUAUCGUGAGAAUCUUGGUGUGUAUCCUAUUGUGGAAAUCUAUGGAAGAAAAUUAUUAAAGGAGAAGAGAGAUGUGAGCUAUGAAAUAGCCUUGGGAAUUUGCACUAAAAAUCUGACGGUGACAUUUUACCAAAAAGUUGACUAUGAAGGUGUAAAAAAUUAUGGAGAACUCCAAGAGGAACACAUGGGUCAUGUGAUGAUUCAACUGCGACCCAGUCAGUUUGCAAGAACAUGCCCAUUAUCUAGUCAGGCAGUUCAUGUAUUUGUUGGCUGUUCUUCACAAAGAUAUCUUGAACUCAAAGGAUAUAAGGAAAACCUAUGUCAGGGUAAAAAUGCUACUUAUGUCAUUGAAAAGAAAUAUUUGAGGGGCAAUCCACCUGAAGACAAGUUUAUAAACUAUAAUAUUAGCAAAUAUGGCUGCCCUAUCAAAAUUUCUAUGACAAAAUCAUUCCACCCUGUCCUUCAUUUAUAUGAGGGUGGCAGAUUCAUUGAAGAAGUUAAAGCAAAUUUUAUUAUCUGGGAGAUAAAUGGAAGAAAAGAUUUUGGCUAUACCUUAUCUAUGUCUGAUGCUGGUUGUGUGAAUGAAGCACAGUCAUGGAAAUCAAUGAUGGCACAAAAUAAAGACGUCCCUCUUGAAGAAGUCUGGGGCCCUCACAAUUAUAGACACUGCUUUUCAUUUUCCACUGGAAAACCAGGAGACCUAACACAGCCAUAUGAGAUCAUCAACUUGACCAAUAAAAAUGACAUAGUUUGGAGAAAUCACCAUAUUGGCUUUUAUGUAUUCCAAGCUAAGAUCAUUGAUCCAAACUACAGUUUCUGUAACCUAACAAUCACUUUUGCAAUUGAGACAUUCGGCUUAAUUCCUAAAACAGAUCCCCUUCUGGUUUUUAUCUUCACAUUGCCUCUGAUAUUUAUUAUGUUGAUUUGUCUGGUCGUGAGCUACUUCCAGUAUUUAAAGUUUUUUCGAAAAUUUAUUUAUGAACCAUCUCUAGAAUCGAAACAUAAAAUGAAAUGAAAACAUUA